AUGGGACUUAUCAGUCUGGUUAAGAGCCAGUUCAUUUGUCACCUCAUCAUCUGCUAUGUGUUCCUGGUUAGUGGCCUCAUUGUUAAUGUGGUACAGCUCUUCACUUUGCCUCUCUGGCCUUUCAACAAGCAGCUAGCCCGCAGGAUCAACUGCAGACUGGGAUACUCCAUCUCUAGCCAGCUGGUGGCACUGCUAGAGUGGUGGUCUGGAACUGAAUGCACACUCUAUACAGAUCAGGAAAGCUAUGCUUUGUACGGAAAAGAAAACGCCAUUGUCGUCCUUAACCACAACUUUGAGAUCGACUUUUUAUGUGGUUGGACCUUCUGUGAAAGAUUUGGGGUUCUUGGGAGCUCUAAGGUGCUAGCUAAGAAAGAGCUAGCAUAUGUGCCUGUGAUUGGAUUCAUGUGGUACUUCCUGGAGAUUGUCUUCUGUAAACGUAAGUGGGAAGAUGAUCGCAGGACGGUGACCCAGGCUCUUCAGAAUAUUCGAGAUUACCCAGAGAACUUCUGGUUUCUCCUGCAUUGUGAGGGGACACGUUUCACAGAGAAGAAACACCAGAUUAGCAUGCAAGUUGCAGAGAGCAAAGGGCUUCCCAAACUCAAGUACCAUCUCCUGCCUAGAACUAAAGGCUUCUUUGUCACUGUGCAGAACCUCAGGGGAGCAGUUACUGCUGUGUACGAUUCUACACUUAAUUUCAGAAACAACGAAACGCCAACUUUACUAGGAGUUCUCAAUGGCAGAAAGUAUCACGCUGAUUUAUAUGUGAGGAGGAUUCCUCUGGAGUCUGUCCCAGUGGAUGAGUCUGAAUGCUCAGCUUGGCUGCAUAAACUCUACCAAGAGAAGGACAGGUUCCAGGAGCACUAUUAUCAGACAGGUCGUUUCCCGGGUCCCUCAGUGACGCCCCCACGCCGGCCCUGGUCCCUGAUCAACUGGCUGUUCUGGAUCAGCCUGCUCACCUGCCCUCUCGUCAUGCUUCUGUUUCAGCUUCUCCAGACAGGCUCCACAUUCACCCUCCUCACCACUGCCGCUGUCUGCAUCGCAGGGUCAGUCAGCGUUCGGUGGAUGAUCGCACAGACAGAAAUUAACAGGAGCUCCAGCUAUGGGAUUAAAGAAACGCCCUUAAACAACAACUAA